CACACAUCAAGAUUCAAGAAUCAAACACCAUCCUUGAAAUGAAUCUUGAGGAAGAGGGAGCAACUAAUAACAAGAGGAAGAAGAGAGUGAUGGGGAGAGGGAAGAUUGAGAUAAAGAAGAUAGAGAAUCAGACGGCAAGGCAAGUAACCUUCUCCAAGAGAAGAACUGGUCUUAUGAAGAAGACUCGCGAGCUCUCUAUUCUCUGCGACGCUCACAUCGGUCUCAUCGUCUUCUCUGCCACCGGAAAGCUCUCCGAGUUCUGCUCCGAACAGAACAGGAUGCCUCAACUCAUUGACCGAUACUUGCACACCAACGGAUUGCGACUUCCUGAUCAUCAGGACGACCAGGACCAAUUGUACCAUGAGAUGGAAGUACUAAGAAGAGAGACAUGUAACCUUGAGCUUCAUCUGCGUCCCUACCAUGGACAUGACUUAGCCUCCAUUCCUCCUCAUGAGCUUGACGGACUCGAGCGACAGCUCGAACAUUCUGUCCUCAAAGUCCGCGAGCGUAAGAAUGAGUUAAUGCAGCAACAGUUGGAGAAUCUAAGCAGAAAGAGACGGAUGCUAGAAGAAGAUAACAACAACAUGUACCGUUGGCUUCAUGAGCAUCGUGCAGCGAUUGAGUUUCAGCAAGCUGGGAUAGAGACCAAACCAGGGGAGUAUCAACAGUUUCUAGAGCAGCUUCAGUACUAUAAACCAGGGGAGUAUGAUCAACAGUUUCUAGAGCAGCAGCAACAACAACCAAACAGUGUUCUUCAGCUUGCUACACUUCCUUCUGAGAUUGAUCCUAAUUACAAUCUCCAACUUGCUCAGCCUAAUCUUCAAAACGAUCCAAUGGCCAAGAUGAAGAUUGGCGAAGACAGAGUGAAAGAGAUGAGCAAAACUAUUCUUAGAUUAUUAGCCGCAAGAGAAACAAAAUAUCCCGGAGGGGCUUUUAUAGACGAGAGUGGCCAUGGAGGAGAAUACGAAGAAGGUCGUGUAACCGCAUUUGUCAUGAUUACCUGCAUUGUGGCUGCAAUGGGUGGUCUCCUCUUCGGUUACGACAUUGGUAUCUCAGGAGGAGUGACAUCAAUGGAGGAGUUUCUAACGAAAUUCUUCCCCGACGUGCUUCGUCAAAUGCAAAACGAAACAGGGCUUGAAACAGAGUACUGUAAAUAUGAUAAUGAGCUUCUCACUCUUUUCACUUCCUCUCUUUACCUCGCUGCUUUGUUCGCUUCAUUCCUUGCCUCAACCAUUACAAGGCUUUUUGGCCGGAAGGUCUCAAUGACGAUCGGGGGUCUCGCUUUUCUCACUGGAGCUCUUCUCAACGGUUUAGCUAUCAACCUCGAGAUGUUGAUCAUCGGGCGGUUAUUUCUCGGUGUAGGUGUCGGAUUUGCUAACCAAUCUGUUCCUCUUUACCUCUCUGAGAUGGCUCCUGCUAAGAUCAGAGGAGCUCUCAACAUUGGUUUUCAGUUAGCAGUCACGAUCGGGAUCUUAGCCGCGAACGUUGUCAAUUACGUGACCCCAAAGCUCAAGAACGGGAUCGGAUGGAGAUUAUCUGUCGGUUUAGCUGGAGUUCCGGCCUUUAUGAUGCUCCUCGGAUGCUUUUUCUUGCCAGAUACGCCAAACUCAAUCCUUGAACGUGGAAAUAAAGAAAAGGCUAAGGAGAUGUUGCAGAAGAUCAGAGGAACCAUGGAGGUCGAGCAUGAGUUUAAUGAACUUUGCAACGCGUGUGAGUCCGCGAAGAGAGUUAAGCAUCCAUGGACGAACAUAAUGCAAGCUCGUUAUCGACCGCAGCUCACGUUCUGUACCUUCAUCCCAUUCUUCCAGCAGCUCACUGGGAUCAACGUCAUUAUGUUCUAUGCACCUGUUCUGUUUAAGACCAUCGGUUUUGGAAAUGACGCCUCUCUCAUAUCCGCAGUCAUCACCGGUCUUGUCAAUGUUCUGUCCACCAUUGUCUCCAUCUACUCCGUCGACAAAUUCGGACGCAGAGCUUUGUUUCUUCAAGGAGGUUUCCAGAUGAUCUUGACCCAGAUCGCGGUUGGGUCGAUGAUCGGGUGGAAAUUUGGAUUCAACGGGGAAGGAACAUUGUCCGAGGUUGAUGCGGAUAUAAUCUUGGCAUUGAUAUGUCUCUAUGUGGCGGGUUUUGCGUGGUCAUGGGGACCGUUAGGAUGGUUAGUACCGAGUGAGAUAUGUCCAUUGGAAAUUAGAUCAGCAGGACAAUCGUUAAACGUUUCGGUGAACAUGUUCUUCACUUUCUUCAUUGGACAAUUCUUCUUGACGAUGCUUUGUCAUAUGAAGUUUGGUCUGUUCUACUUCUUCGCCGGCAUGGUCUUGAUCAUGACCAUUUUCAUUUACUUCUUGUUGCCGGAGACAAAAGGAGUUCCAAUUGAGGAGAUGGGGAGAGUGUGGAAGGAGCAUAGAUAUUGGGGGAAGUAUAGUCGUAAUGAUAAUGGUGAUGAUGUUGAUGAUGAUGUUUAUAUGUUUAGUUGAUGAACUUGAUUGAGAUAUUUGGAUUUAAGAAUUUGGUAGGAUUUGAUAAAUUUUUAUUGAGAAAACGCUUUUGCUGACCAAUGUGUGAAAUCAAAAAUGUGGAAAAUAAUAAACAAUUCAUUUUCAA